GGAAUCGGCGAGAGAGAAAGUAAGCCCUAACAUUGCUUGGUUGAUUUAGCAACUAUGGCACUGUCGCAGUGGAAGGAAGCUAUACUCGAAGGGAUUUUCAUGGAGAUUGAGGAUGGUGUUGUGGACGAUAAGAAUCUCGAGCGGUUUGAGAAUCUAGUGGAGAUUCUACACAAAGAAGGUUCUAAGGUACCCGAAUCAGUCACGGAAGCUUAUUGUAAAGUAGCUGUGGAGUGCACAGUGAAGUGUCUCGCUUAUGAGAAAGAUGCAAAAAAGGCUUAUGCUGAAGCAAUCAGAUCGAUAUGGCUGGGUAGGAUUAUGCCUUUAUGCGAUAAGGUUAGUUGUUUGGUUACUCUUGACCUCUUGAAAUGCUGUCGAAGAUUAUGGAAGGCCCACAAUGACGACAAGGCUUGUAAGACACUGAUGGAUGAAGCUACGAGAGACAAAGCUUUGGUUUCUUUGAUGAAGGUUGUUUUAGAUUUGAAUCCCAAACUUGUUUUAGAGAAUCCCAACAUGGAUGAAUCGGAGGAGAUUGAAUCUAGUGAAGAAUCUGAAGAGACAGAGUCAAUGGUUGAAGCAAGAGAGGGGGUGGUUAAUCAGAACAGUAAGGCAUCUGAAGCUAUGGAAGACAAACAAGAGAGCCUCUUAGAUACUGAACUGGAGAGACCUAUUUCUGGAGGGUCAAAAGCUGUAUAUGUACCCCGUCAAUUCAAGCCCAUUUCAUCUGCAGUUGUUGACAGAGCUCUCAGAGAGCUUAGAGCUAGUAAAAUCGAGCUAAUGAAUGCUUUAGAAAAAGGACGACCUUCAAAUUUAAACAAUGAGACGAUUACAGAACAAAAAAAUGAUGUUGCUAAUCCUUCUGCAACAAACGCUUCACCAAGGCCUAGCUUGAUGGAGCGACGUAGUACAGCACACACUUAUGAAUGGAAAGACUCCCUUGAUGAUUCAGAUGGAGAAAUGGGUGAUGAUGGUGAGAGGAUUAAUAAAUCAAAACGUAAAAGAAUUGCCGUGUCUCCUUUGAAAAGAAACCGAAGUUUAGAAGGUGCUAGAAGGACAAAAAUUCCUUGGAGUACUGCAGAAACGCUGGCUGUACUGAAAGGCUAUGAAAAGUAUGGUGCAAACUGGAAGCGGAUUAAAGAUGAGAAUCCAAUUCUAGUGCGCAGAACUAAUGGUGAUAUUAAAGAUAAAUUUCGAGUUGAGAUGAGGCGGGAAGAGCGCCAUCAUUGAGUAGCAUGAAAAAUUGAAAAUCAUAAUUGUAUCUCAUUGUUUUUACUCCUUCAAUUUUCCAUUCUUUGCUUAUAGGUAUUGGAGUACUGGAGUAGGCAUCAGACCUUUUUGUGAGUAGGCGAGUAACAACUGCUGAACAAUGACGUAUUGUGGCAUCUAUGGAAAGUAAAAAACUGGGUAACAUUUUGUAGCCUUUUGUCUUUUAAGACCCGUAGAAUCUCGUCUAUGAUGAUGAUUGUCUAGUGAAUCGUUUUGUGAAGUAAACUAGGUGCCUUAAC